AUGGCCGUGUCACCACCAGAUCCGUUUGCUCGCGGACGCGCGCACCCGCAUCGCGCAACGCCAGGACGUGCGCCGUCGUGUCGCUUCUUGGGGGCCGCGGCGCUGCUGCUGGGAGCUCCGCUGGUGGCCGCUGCGCACAGCUUCCCCUAUGUCCCCACGCAGAUUCUCGCGCCCGAUGCGUGCUUCAACCAGAGCGCGUGCCACGGUCCGGAUGUGGCCUACAUCUUCACCCAGGACGGCGACGACAAUGUGCAGUUCCUGUCGCUCAACAUCUCGACCACCGUUGGAGCCGACACCAAGCUGAGCCCCGUUACGACGAGCCUACCUUUCGUGGGCGGGGACAAUCCGAAGAACACGGCAUUCGGCGCGGUGAGGACAGAAGAAGGCGCGGUGCUGGUUUACGCCGGAGAAUGUGACAAAGGGCCGGGAAGCGUGUGGACGUAUGGAGAGGGGGCUGCCUCUGGCGGUAGCGGUGAUGCGGCUUGGACGAAGCACGCGACAACGCUCGGCAAGUCGCAAAAGGGCACCUCGUCGCGAGGGCCGUACUUCCUCGGGGGGACCAUUGCCUUUUCCGCGACACUGGCUCCGCUGCUGGACGAGCCGACGAUAUACAGCUACGGUGGCAUGUGUGAUACGCCCUCGGACAGUCCUAAGGAUUGGCAGUCGGCGGCCAACUACUCCACGGGCAUGCUGACUCUCGCUCCAGCCGACAGCAGCCCAUCUUCCAGGUCGUACGCGCAAAGCAUCGCCUCGAGCUCUGGUCCUAAGACUCCCAUAGCCGGAUUCAGUCUUACCGCGCUGCAAAGCUCCAUGAGCAACAUCUCCGGCACGGUCACACAGCAGACGGCGUACGUCGUCCUCGGUGGCCAUACCAAGCAAGCCUUCAUCAACAUGAGCACCGCUGCCGUGUGGAAUCUCCCGGAGGAGUCUUGGUCCUACGUAAACGUUCAGCAAUCAACCGACAGUCCCGAUGGCGUGGAGAGUCGAUCUGGUCAUACAGCCGUUUUGAGCCAGGAUGGGCGUUCGAUUAUUGUAUUGGGGGGUUGGGUUGGCGAUGUGACGAAUGCAGCCGAGCCGCAGCUGGCCAUCCUGGAAAUGAGCCAGGCGUACAGUUCGUGGAGAUGGACAAUACCGAAGCAACAGCCGGAUUUCGCAGAUGCCGGCAUCUAUGGACACGGAGCAGCUAUCCUUCCCGGAAACAUCAUGAUGGUGUACGGAGGCUGGAAGAUUAGUGAUUCCGACUCGUCCAGUAAGAUGAAGCGGCAGUCCGGCGUCACCACGGCACCGCAGUUUCUGAACCUGACCGAUAUGACGUGGUCGACGAGCUACAGCAAUCCAACUCCGGCUGAGACUGGCGGCCAGAGCCCGGGAGAUGCCCCUGGUAAGACGUCUGAUGCAGCCAGGUCAAGAGUGUUGGGAUUGAGUCUUGGAUUUGGUAUUGGUGGUGGUCUGAUCCUCUUCAUUUUGGCCUUGGUCAGCUUUUUCUGCUGGCGCAAGAAACAACGGAGACGAGCCGCUCGCGACGAGACCAUUAGGGCCAUGGCCCAAGACGCCAGCAUGUUUGUACAUGACGGCGUUGUUGACAUGUCUGAGCGGCCUGAUACUUUCCCUUGGGGCUAUCGAAGCUGGUACAAUGGAGGGCAGGAUCCAUACCGAACUAAUGGAGAUGACCGAUCUUCUGGAUAUGAGAGCAUGCGUGGCUCGUAUGGCGGCUAUGCUCCUGUCGUUCCAGGGGUCGUGAGGAAGCCGGUGGCUAGACAGAUUCGUGGCGGUUAUGUGCCGGCGAACGCUCAGCUCAACAGCUUUGUUUCUACCCCGGGUCAAAUUCACCCCAUCAUGGAGGAUGAUGAAGAGGAUUUGUCUUACCAACGGGAUAAGCCUAUCGAGGCCACCACUCCUACGUCGGACGCAUAUUCCGAUCCUUUCAUGACGCCAACCGCUGCUGUGGCCUCGGGGGCUCUGCCAGUAUUCCAGCCUCCGCCCCCUGGCCAGAGCACGGCUGGUCCCAGCACCGACGGCCCGUUCCAACACGAUCCGGAUGUGCAAGACUGGGUAUCGGACGUUGACGCCGCGGAUGCAAUGCUGGCGAGGUAUAAUAGCACUCGCCAACAGGGCCGUUCAUCGCCAACGCGGCGAAGCUCUCAGCGCUCCUCCGGGAUGCACGAAGACGAUCUCCACAUGGACUCUGGCCUGUCCGAGUCUACCCGCAGCGCGGGAGACGGUCUAGGUCGGUCCAGCUCCGGCCGAUGGUCCGCCAUUAUGGCUACGGCUGGCCUGUUUGGUGGCAGUUCUGCGCCAACUACCGAGCCGGGCAAGCCUGGCAGCUCCUCGUCGAGCAGCUACAAUACGGCAAAGUCGGGAUUCGGCGCAUUGCAGGCAGAAGGCCCCAACCUGCUGCUCGGCAGAACAGCGCCGGGGAGUCCGUUUGAGGACGACGAACUACAGCAGCCCAGCUCGCCGUCGAAAUCCAAGCCCCCUCGGAGAAGCUGGCUAGGCUCAUUGAGACGUGUCUUUUCCGGCGCCGAGUCCCCCUCGGGUGAUGCCGCAGAUAGAGCCGCUCCGCGGGAGAUAUCGACAGAUAUGCUGAGCAACGACUAUGAGCCCCCGCUCUCGGCCCUGGGCAGCGAGCUACUUAAGAGGAAGCAAGGCCGCCAGGACUGGGAAGGUGGGGAGAGCAGCAGCGCCAUGGAGCGAGAAAACGAAUGGGAUAUCGAAAGAGCGGUGGAGAACCGCCUGGUCCAGGUCAUGUUCACCGUGCCCAAGGAGCGCCUCCGCGUUGUCAAUGCCGACGAGCUCGACGACGGAACGAGUACCGACGAAAGACUGCCUCUCCACAUGCCGCAGACGGCAGAGCUUGUAGACAUGGACAAGAGAUCCUCCAUGAUGGACGCCUCGCUCCGCAGCGCCAGCAAGCUCAGCUCCCACAACGACGACGAGGGUGGAGGCGUGCCCGUGGACGAAGGCGACCGCGACGACGGCUUCCUGAGGAUUGAGCAGGACGACUAUGACGACGACGGCGACGAUCGGAGCGAGCGGCCCAUUUCGAUUGCGACGGACGUGUCGUUUGCCCGGUCGGCGAGCGUGUACACGGCCGAGGCCCUGACGUUUGAGCGGCCCAAGACGAAGGUGCUGCAGAUGGUGGACCGGAUCGAGAGCUUUGGCACCACCGAGAGCAAGGACAGCAGCAGCAGUCCUUCGGUGAGCAGGGCGGGGACGCCCGGGAUACGGAGCAUCAAGAGCAAGAAGUCUUUGCGGAGUGAAGACUUGCGGCGGCAGUAA